AUAAAACAAUAUGUUGGAGAAACCCAUUUCAUGCAGAAUUAAACUGGAUAUCAUUUUAAUGAUAUUUUUCAAAACAAUGCUGUUUUUAUGUAUAAAACUCUUAAUUCUUUAAGUAUCCACUUUUUGGGGCCACUUUAAAUAACUUAUGAAAAAAGGAAACGCCUCGUUUUCCAAUGUUUGCGUGUAAAUGCAAAACACACACGUGUGUGACAGUGACACUCAACAGAGUGACCUUGAGCGCGUGAGAAACUCGAACGUUUGGCCCAUCUGGCUUGCCAUAGCGGCUGUACUCCUGGCGCUGCAUGCACACCAAUGAAAAUACACGGAAUUUUCUGUUUUCACCUAAAGUGUCUGCCAUCUUUCUGUUUCGUGCAUGCAUCGCUCUCUCUGAGCAGCUGACUGAGUACAUGCAUUUGACGCGUGCAGAGCCGGAGAGCACACAUGCAUGGCCGUCAUCCGGGUUGCAUUCUUGCAGCAGACGCCAGAGAGGGAGAGAGAGCUGCUAACAUCACGGUAAUCAAAGGUGAAUCCAGGACAGAGAGGAAAGACGCCGAUCUGCUGAUCUCUCGUGCAUGGCUUCAAAGUUCGGCUCUCGGACUCUCAGUAAAGAUGAUGUGAAUUACAGAAUGCAUUUCCGCAUGAUCAACGAACAGCAGGUGGAGGACAUCACCAUCGAGUUCUUCUACAAGCCGCACACAAUCACCCUGCUGACAUGCACCGUGCUCAGCCUCAUGUACUUCGCGUUUACGCGAGAUGAUGGAAACCCUGACAAUAACCUGUGGGUGGGUCUCAUCCUGGUCAUCUCGUUUUUCUUGGUCAUCAGCGUUCUUGCCUUCCCGAACGGUCCAUUCACUAGACCUCAUCCAGCAAUAUGGCGUAUAGUGUUCGGACUGAGUGUGCUGUACUUCCUCUUCCUCGUUUUCAUCAUCUUCCUGAACUGGGAGCAGGUGAAGUCUCUCAUGUACUGGCUGGAUCCCAAUCUCCGCUACGCCAAACGGGAGGCUGACAUCAUGGAGUAUGCGGUGAACUGUCAUGUGAUCACAUGGGAGCGAAUCCUUAGCCACUUUGACAUCUUCGCCUUCAGUCAUUUCUGGGGAUGGGGCAUGAAGGCUCUGCUCAUCCGCAGCUACGGCCUGUGCUGGUCCAUCAGCAUCACCUGGGAGCUCACCGAGUUGUUCUUCAUGCAUCUUCUUCCUAAUUUUGCGGAGUGCUGGUGGGAUCAAGUAAUCCUGGAUAUCUUGUUGUGUAACGGCGGAGGCAUCUGGCUGGGAAUGACCGUCUGCCGUUUCUUAGAGAUGCGCACGUAUCACUGGGCCAGUAUCAAACACAUCCACAGCACCACGGGCAAGAUCAAACGUGCAGUUUUACAGUUCACGCCUGCCAGCUGGACGUACGUGCGCUGGUUCGACCCUAAGUCUUCCUUGCAGAGGGUGACGGGAGUCUAUCUGUUCAUGAUCAUAUGGCAGCUGACAGAGCUGAACACGUUCUUCCUGAAGCACAUCUUUGUGUUCCCAGCAUGCCACGCUCUCAGCUGGUGCAGAAUUCUGUUCAUCGGUAUCAUCACUGCCCCCACCGUACGGCAGUAUUAUGCGUACCUCACGGACACACAGUGCAAACGGGUCGGGACACAAUGCUGGGUGUUUGGGGCAAUAGCUUUCCUGGAGGCGUUAGCGUGCAUUAAAUUCGGACAAGACUUGUUUUCCAAGACGCAAAUUCUCUAUGUGAUUUUGUGGCUCGUGUGUUUGGCUUUCAUCACAUUCCUGUGUCUGUAUGGGAUGGUCUGGUAUGCUGAAAACUACGGGCCCAGAGAGAAGAGCUUCUCGGAGUGUGAGGACAGUUUUUACUCUGAGCCAGGUGACGCUGUGUCUGAAUGCAAAGGGGAGUGUGAGAUGGACGGCACAACUUCCUCUUCUACCAGGAAACGGAGGGACUCUGGAAAUAACAAAACCAUCAACGGGAUGGAGAAAUAAGCCCGUCUCUGGAAGGCUUUGACCGCUUUUCCUCAGACGGGAACGUUUGCACAUGUGUCACUCCUGUUAAUGGAGGGAACAUCAGAUGACUGUGAUUAUGAUGGGUGAGAUUGUCUCAGGUUUAGUCCGAACAUUUCAGAAGUCAGAGCGGUUUGCAAUGCUGCGAAACACUUUGAAUAGGCAAUACUGUGUGUGGAGAGUUUAGAUGGCGAGCUCACUUUACCUGUUGAACUACAGAGACUGGUUAACCACGUUAGAUCCCGAGCAGUGCUGUGCAUCACCGUGUUCUCCAGUAGCAUGCGUGACUCGUGAGUGUUGCUACUUGUCACUGUAUUUUAUGUCACCGAUGUUUUCAACAGUGUAUUAUAUGCUAGCGAUUUCAGAUUAUGUUAUUCAUAUCAUAAUGUGUAUACAAAUGAUGUCAGAUCAAGUCAACAUGAAAUCAAAAUUUACCCUUUUUACUUUCUUAAAACAUGUUCCUGAUCUUAUUGUGCAUGCUGGUGCAUGUGGUUUAAAAUAAAACAUCAUUUAAAUGUAAAGUUUAGGGAUGGUAAGAUUUUAUGUUUUUGAGAGAAGUCUCUUCUGCUCACCAAGGCUGCAUUUAUUUGAUCAAAAAUACAGUAAAAAUAGUAAAAUUGUGAAAAAUUAUUACUACUUAAAAUAGGUGUUUUCUAUUGUAAUAUAUAUAUUAAAAUGUAAUCUAUUCUUGUGAUCAAAGCUGAAUUUUCAGCAUCAUUACUCCAGUCUUCAGUGUCACAUGAUCCUUCAGAAAUCAAUAUGCUGAUUAUCUUUUGUAACAUAAAUGUCUUUUCUGUCACUUUGAUCAGUGUAAUAUGGAAGCUUGUUUCCGCCAUGAAAUAAAAAGUAAAAAAGGUAAUUGUGACUUUUUAUCUCACAAUUCUGACUUUUUUUCUCAGAAUUGCGAGAUAUAAACUUGCGAUUGCGAGUUAUAAAGUCAGAAUUGCGAGUUAUAGUCAGAAUUGUGAGAUAUAAACUCUUAUAAUGUUAUAAUGUCCAAUUGUGAGGGGAAAAAAGACUGACGUUUUUUCUCAAUUGCGAGUUUAUAUCUCACAAUUCUGAUUUUAUAACUCUCAAUUGCAUGAAAUAAACUCACAAUUCUGAGGGAAAAAAAAGUCAGAAUUGUGAGUUUAUAUCGCAAUUCUGACUUGAUAAGUGACAAUUCUGAUUUUAUAUCACGCAAUUCUGACUUUAUAUGAUGCAAUUGUGAGUUUAUAUCACAAUUCUGAGAAAAAAAGUCAGAAUUAUGAGAUAUAAAGUCAGAAUUGUGAGUUUAUAUCAACGCAAUUCUGAAAAGUCACAAUUGCAUCAAAGUCAGAAUUGCAUGAUAGUCACUUUUUCUUGCAGUUGUUUUUAUUGUCACAAUUCUGAUUUUAUAUCUCUCCAUUCUGACUUUAUAUCACGCAAUUCUGACUUUAUAUGAUGCAAUUGUGAGUUUAUAUCACACAAUUCUGAGAAAAAAAGUCAGAAUUGUGAGAUAUAAAGUCAGAAUUGCGUGAUAAAAACAAUUGCGAGAAAAAAGUCCGAAUUGUGACUUUAUAUCUCACAAUUCUGACUUUUUUUCUCAGAGUUGUGAGAAAAAUUUGCAAUUACCUUUUUUAUUUAGUGGUAGAAACAAGCUUCCAUAAUUUAAUGCGUCCUUGCUGAAUAAAAGUAUUAAUUUCUUUAAAAAAAUAUAAUCUUACAGACCCUAAACUUCUAAACGGUUGUGUAUAUCAGAUUAUAGAAGCAAAAUGGUUGCAAGCACCAUUUUAUGUUGACUCUCUAGGAAAGGCCAGUACUCUAUCCAGACUGAAUAAAUCUGACAUGAGUUGAAUGUUUCUAGGUUAAGCUGCUUUGAAGGAAUCGUGUUGGAGAUUGAAUGCAGGUUCAUUGGCCUGGAUUUCAUAGAAGCACAAGGGUUUUAGCACUUUUAGUGGCUUCACUGCUGUUUUAACGUGUGACGUUUGUUUUUAGUGUUUCUGCUUCUCCAGUGACGUUCUACAGCUGCUGUCGUUUUAAUGUUCUCACCUGAGAGGCAUUUUUGGUUUUGCAUGUCUGUAAAAAAAUUAUCUGUAUCGGUUUCUGUGGAAACUUGUUUUCACCACGGAAUAAAAAUAAAAAGGUAAUUAUGGCUUUUUAUUUCGGAAUUGCAAGAAAAAAAAAGUUGCAAAUUUUUCAUCUCGCAAUUCGGACCUUUUUUUUUUUUUUUUUUUCCUUGUUUGUAUAACUCGCAAUUGUACAUUUAUAUCUCACAAUUCUGAGAAAAAAGUAAGAUAAACUUGUGAGGAAAAAAAUCUGAAUUGUGAGAAACUUGUAAAAAAAAAAAAAAAGUCAGAAUUGUGAAAUAAACUUGUGAGAAAGUUAGAAUUGAAUUAAAUUUAAAAAAAAUCGAACCUUUUUUUUAUUAUCACAGUCCCAAGUUUAUAUCUCACUAUUCAUAGUUUUUUCCCUCAAUUGCAUGUUUUUUUUAACUCAAGUUUAUAUCUCAAAAUUGAGGAAAAAUGUCAGAAUUGCGAGAUGAAAAAUUUGCAACUCUGACUUUUUUUCUUGCAAUUUUUUCUUCAAUUUCUUGUGAGAUUAUAUCUCACAAUUCAUACUUUUUUCUCUCAAUUGCGAGUUUUUAUAAGUCUAUAUACGUUUUUUUUUUUUUUUUUUUUUACCUCACAAUUCUGAGGAAAAGUCAGAAUUGCGAGAUAAAAAAUUUGCCACUCCUUUUCUUGCAAAUUCCGAGUUUAUAUCUCGCAAUUCUAACUUUUUUUUUCUCGCAAUCACAAGUUUCUCUCAAUUUAUACUUCCCCCCCCCUCAAUUGCGAGUUAGUUUAUAUCUCACAAUUAUGAGAAAAUAGUCAGAAUUUCGAGAUGGAAAAGUUCUAACUUUUUUGUAAAAAUGAUCCUGAUCACCACACACCCUUAAACCAGUAUUCAAGCCUUUUUAGACUGACGUUUAACACAGAUAUCGUGUGCCUGCAUGCAUGUUUUAACAACUAUCACUUGUUAACUUUAUUGCUUUGUGUGUGUGUGUGUUGUGUACAUUAGUGUUUAUUCCUGAUAUGACAACUAGAGAGCAGUGUGGCCGAUGUAUGUAGUAUCAUACAGUUUAAAUGCAGUUAUUGUAAAAUACACAGACUGAAAUGUUUUGCACUCAAGUUUUUUUUUUUCAAGUUAUUCGAUUCAAAAUAAUUAAAAACUAAAUUUGAGCUAACGUUUCUGUUAAUCACAUGGUUAUCAGCUAUGCUGAUAAUCUCAAAAUGUUGGUAGACUUAUCGACCUGGUUGAUAUUUAUUCUUCCAUUUCCAACACCAUGUCUGUGUAUUCAUCGUGUUCAGACGGCAUAUAGUUUUCCGUAUUAAUGUCCUUCAUGACAAUCAUGGACAGUCAGAGCAUCACAUGAUGCUACAUAUCCAUUUGCCAAAACAUUUGUUUUGUGUCUGUUUAGUCACUGUGAAACAUUUAAAUGCCUUUUUGUCAUGUUUCUGAUUUGUACAUUUCACAUAAAUUGUAAAGGAAUCAGUGUUUGUCUUUUCAGUAAUAUUAAAUGACUAGUUUUUGGUGAAGAAUGGCACAAUGUGACUGAACUUUGCAGCUUUUCAGUAUAUGACAUUUGUUUGUUUGGGAUGUAACUGAACUUUAAAAUUAAAUUUCAUCUGUAUCUUGUGA